GCAUCGAUGGCAUGGCUGCUCAAGCAACUCCAAUCACCGCUCUUGUUCUUCUCAAUACCCGAAUGGAGAUCAAACGGCGUAGCUCCGUAAUUGGGUCCUGCAGCUUUCUCCUUGUUUUGCUCCUGUCUGGCGUGGGCUUCUCGGCUUCCCAACCUGAGACUGCCGCCGCCGAGGCCACCACUGACCGCCUCGCCCUCCUCUCCUUCAAGGCCCUCAUCUCCGACGAUCCAUCCCGAGCGCUGGAAUCCUGGAACACUACGUCCCUCCAUUUUUGCCGGUGGCGAGGCGUGACGUGCGGCAACCACAGUGGCCAGCUGAGGGUCACCACACUGGAACUGGAGUCCCUCGCCUUGGCCGGUAAGAUAUCUCCAUCCAUAGCCAAUCUCACCUUCCUCCAGAGGCUGCACCUCCCACAGAACCAACUUCAGGGUCCCGUUCCACAAGAGCUCGGCCUGCUGUCCCGCCUUCAGCAUCUCAACCUUAGUUACAACAGCUUUCGCGGCACUGUUCCGACGACAAUAGCGAACCUCUCCUCCCUUAUCCUGCUUGAUCUGUCCUAUAAUCAACUUGUAGGAGCCAUCCCACACAACCUCAGCUCAGAACUACAGUAUAUAAAUCUGUCAAAUAAUACCCUCGUAGGUGGGAUUCCCGAUAAUCUUCGCUCCUUGUCAAAGCUGAAGCUGCUCGCCCUGAGCGGCAACAACCUCACCGGAAACAUUCCUCCAGAAAUCGGGAGCCUUGUAAAUUUGACUGUCCUCGAUUUGUCUAUCAACAAUCUUGAAGAAUCUAUUCCUCUAGAGAUUGGAAAUCUUAUCAGCCUUAAAGCGGUUUACCUGGAUUACAAUAAAUUCACCGGCGUUAUUCCUGGCUCGAUAGGGAACCUGACUUCCCUUGUUUGGCUUCAGCUCUCGCAAAAUCAACUUACCGGAGCCAUCCCUCGCAGCCUCAGCCAUUGCUCAGAACUACAAUAUAUUUUCCUGGGAAAUAAUAUGCUUGAAGGGGAGAUUCCCAGCGAUAUUAGUUCCUUGUCAAACCUGAAAGUGCUCUACCUGUGGAACAACCGCCUCACAGGAAGCAUUCCUCCAGAAAUCGGGAACCUUACGAAUUUGACGAAUCUCAAUUUGUAUAGCAACAGACUUGAAGGCUCUGUUCCGCGGGAGAUUGGGAAUCUUGUCGGACUAAGAGAAGUUCUUUUACAUGACAACCAACUCACCGGAAGUAUACCAUCUGAGAUUGGAAACCUCGUGAAUCUACGUACUCUUGCUUUGUUGAUUAAUGGCUUUGUGGGUACAGUUCCACCAGCAAUUGGAAACCUCACUUCUCUCACUUAUCUUGGAGUGUCAAUGAAUAAUCUUGGAGGAAUCAUCCCGCCUUCCAUUUGGAACCUCUCCUCUCUCAGAACACUAGAGCUCCAGAGCAACCAAUUUACCGGGUCUAUUCCGCCGGAUAUGGGAAUCACUCUUCCCCUUCUUGAAGAACUAGACAUCAACGACAACCAGUUUUACGGGCCUCUUCCGAUUUCACUGUCGAAUGCUACCAACCUCAACAACAUUCAACUAUACGAGAACAGAUUCACAGGCACCAUACCGAGAGGUUUGGGAUCCUUGCAGCAGUUAUUUCACUUUGAUGUUACUUAUAAUCAGCUAGAAGCAAGAAACGCAGCCGAGUGGGGCUUUUUGGAUGAUUUAGCCAACUGUAGCAGUCUGAAGUACUUGCAAUUGACAAGCAACAAUCUCAGUGGCUUCUUGCCGCAAUCGAUAGCCAAUUUCUCCAAUUCCUUGAUGUGGUUUGAAAUCGAUGACAAUAACAUAGCCGGAAGCAUUCCCGCAGAGAUCGGCAACCUCGUUUCUUUGACCUCAGUUCGUAUGAAGUCUAAUCUUCUCACCGGUGGCAUUCCUGCAGCACUGGGAAGCCUUGCAAAGCUACAGAUAAUAGACCUGAGUGGGAAUCGCUUCACAGGAGGCAUCCCCGCAACCCUUGGCAAUCUGACAAAACUUACCGAGCUUCAACUGUACUCUAAUCGACUUCAAGGACCCAUACCUCCAACUCUCGGAAACUGCCCUCUCGAACUCUUGGACCUUUCAUUCAACCAGCUAAAUGGCACGGUACCCAAAGAAAUACUGUCCAUCCCCACCCUCACCAGGUUCCUUAAUGUUUCCUACAACUCACUGGCAGGAUCUCUGACUCCUCAAGUUGGAAACAUGAAAAAUAUUGGUCAAUUCGACAUCUCUGGCAACAGUCUAUCAGGUACAAUUCCAAGGACCCUUGGUGACUGUCAACAACUCGAUAGUCUUGACAUGGCAGGGAAUUCAUUCCAGGGAUCAAUCCCUUCGUCAUUUAGCCAGCUGAAGGGGCUCCAAUCGCUGGAUCUUUCAAGAAACAACUUGUCCGGGCUCAUACCAGAAUUUCUUGGGAAUUUGAAGUUCUUGAGCUAUCUGAAUCUCUCAUUCAACAAUUUUGAGGGUGAGCUUCCAAAACAUGGUAUCUUCACGAACCUCACUGCGUUCUCCGUACUUGGAAAUAGUAAGCUUUGUGGGGGUGUGCAAGCUCUGAACCUGCCUCCCUGCCCCACUCCGUCAUCCAGUAAAAGACAUUUAUCCCGGAAGCUGGUAGCCGCGAUCUCAGUUGCCGGGGGAAUAAUAUGCCUAAUCUUGCUCCUCUCUUUAUUUGGCAUUCAUCGUUGGAUGCCCAAGUCGAAUAAGGAGGCUCAUGCCGACGGCAUAAAAGUUCCACAUAUGAUGGUCACAUAUGCCGAGUUGCUAAGAGCUACGAAUGGUUUCUCUUCUGCUAAUCUCGUCGGCGUCGGAAGCUUUGGUUCUGUGUACAAAGGGUUACUCAAUUAUGAGGAAUACCAACUUGUUGCCGUCAAGGUACUCAACCUCCAACAGAGAGGAGCUUCGAGGAGCUUCGUUGCUGAAUGCGAAGCGCUGAGAAAUGUCCGGCAUCGGAACCUCGUCAAGAUUUUAACAGCUUGCACAAGCACAGAUUACCGGGGAAAUGAUUUCAAAGCUUUGCUUUAUGAGUUCAUGCCUAAUGGGAGCCUAGAGAAGUGGGUGCAUCCAGAAGCAAACGAGCAAGGUCAGACGCGGGCGUUAAGCCUUAUCCACAGGUUAAAUAUAUUGAUCGAUGUGGCCUCCGCAUUAGAUUACCUCCACCACCAUGGUCCAGAGCCGAUUGUCCACUGCGACAUAAAGCCAAGCAAUGUUCUUUUGGACCAUGACAUGGUGGCUCAUGUUGGAGACUUUGGAUUGGCGAGGUUCCUCAACAGCAACCCCGUUGAAGCAUCUCAAAGAUCUUCCACCUCCAUGAUAUUCAAGGGGUCCAUCGGUUACGUUGCUCCAGAGUAUGGAGUGGCCAACAAAAUUUCAGUCGAAGGGGAUGUCUACAGUUAUGGGAUACUUGUACUCGAAACACUCACGGGGAAGAGGCCUACCGGUGAAACUCUCAAGGACGAUCUCAGCCUUCCUCGGUAUCUAGAAAUGGCACUCCCGGAGCGGGUCGCUGAAAUCAUAGAUCCAAACCUGCUUCUGGAGGAGGGUGAAGAACCUAAUGAAUGCACUCGAGACAGAGCAAUGGAGCGCCUGGCGUUGUCACUCAAGAUUGGCAUCAGGUGCGCCAAGGAAUCACCACCCGAGCGAAUGCAGCUGGUGGAUGCCAUCAACGAAUUAACUGCAAUCAGGAACGCGUAUUUGGAGCUUAGUAAACAGGGUAGGAGAACCCAACUCAGAGACGAGGAUCCAGUUCUAGAUUAAACUGUUUCUGAAGCCAAAUCCAGCAGUAGCGAAGGCAAGUUCAUGGAAGCAGCUUUGCUAGAUUUGUCAUUUGUGCCAAUUGAUAUCUUUCAUUUCCCUUGGAAGGCAUCAGCAUCAACAACGUCUAUU